GCUAGGCCGUUGCUUACACAAGCUCUGGAUACCGGCAACUUUGAGACUCUAGCUGAUCCAACUCUGGAGAAUGAUUAUGACUCCACUGAGAUGGCUCGAAUGGUUGCCUGUGCUUCUGUAUGUAUUCGCCAUUUGGCUCGGCGGAGGCCACGAAUGAAUCAGAUAGUUCGAGGUUUAGAAGGAAAAAUAUCCCUGGACGACUUAAAUGAUGGUAUUCGACCAGGACAAAGCGCAAUAUAUGAUCCUCACGGCAGCUCAGGUUUUGAAGCCACUUAUGAUAACGUUCAGUACAAAGAGGACCUGAAGAAAUUCAAGAAGAUGGCUCUAGAAAGCGUCGAACACAACAGUUUGAGCGAAUCCAGUGGACCCACUAGUGAUUUUGCUCUGCCCCCCUCGUGCUCGAGCAGCGACUGUCUAAGGACGACUCAAGAGAUAUGCUCCCCGAAGCCUGAUCAUCAACAUACUACUCAGAGGUAAGAACUAGAAAGUAGGGAAACAAAAGGAGUUGGGUGAAAUUUUAGAAUUACCCAAGAUUACGAAGAACUUAAUUAAAUCUUAUUAUGACAUUUGGUGCAUCCACGCUAUAUUAUUGUUCUGCUUGACAACUUGAUGUUUGUGUGUUUUUUAACUUAGGAUUGUUGACUACUCAAGUCUUAUUCUUAUUGAACUCUCUAUGUAAGCAAUAAGUAUAUUGAUUAUUGAUAGCAAAAGUAUAGUGCACUUAUUUAUUUUUAA